AUGCGCUCCAAUCGACGACCUUACCAAGGACCUAGAACGCAGUUAGUCGUCUCAAUAGACAUCGGCACUACAUUUUCAGCAGCUUCAGUCUGUAUCCUUCAACCGGGAACACCUCCAGUGUUCGAAGAGAUUCUACGCUGGCCCAAGCAGGCCAAUCCAGACGCCAAAGUCCCAUCAUAUGGCAACAGGGAUCAGCCAGCUUCAAAAUCACGGCUAACACCGAAAUUUGUACACUGCCGAUUGAUAUGCCGAAGUUAA